AUGACACAUACGGAUUUAAGCCCAAUUGGAUGCCAUUUCGUGUAGUUCAUAUGACAAUAAUUAAAUAAAUGGUUUAAUAUGUACAUAAAUAGCCAAUUUUUUUGUCGUAAUUAAAAUUUUGUUUUCCUUUUUAAGGAAAUUGGGUGGUCGUUAAUUUGCAACAAGAAAUACUACUAAUUUCUUUCGAUUACCGAGAUGCGACAAUAAAUUACUAUAAUAACGAGGUCAACUGCACCGAGUCGUAACACACGCAGGAGAGAAAUAUUAAGGAAAAAUGGAGAUGCCAAUGGAGCAAAAGAAAGCCACCGAGCUGCUUGAAAGGAAAAAGGGUGGUUGGAGAACCAUGCCCUUUAUCAUAGCAAACGAGACCUUUGAAAAGGUUGCAGUAGUGGGGCUCCGUGUAAACAUGAUUUUGUACCUGCUUCAGGAGUAUCAUUUUGACCCUGCAACUGGAACUAUUAUAAUGUUCCUGUGGAACGCCUUGACCAAUCUGUUGCCCAUCUUUUGUGCUUUCCUUUCUGAUUCUUGCCUUGGACGAUUUCGUGUUAUUGCAAUGGGAACAGUCAUCCACCUUGUUGGCUUAGUUGUGUUAUGGCUCACUACUAUUAUUAGGCAUGCAAGGCCUCAAUGUGAUACAGAACCUUGUGCAAAUCCAACAGUACCGCAACUCCUGAUUCUUUUCUCUUCCCUUACUCUCAUGGCUCUUGGAGCUAGUGGCAUUAGGUCAUGUACCUUGGCCUUUACCGCAGAUCAAAUCUACAACCCUGAAAACCCACAAAACGAGAGGACCAUGAAGAGCUUUUUCAAUUGGUACUAUCUUUCAGUUGCCAUUUCAGUAACAAUUUCAAUGGCAUUCAUAGUGUACAUUCAAGUUAAAGCAGGGUGGGUUGUGGGUUUUGGGAUUUCUAUGGGGAUUGUGUCACUGUCUGCAAUCAUGUUUUUUUUGGGCACUUCCAUAUACGUCAAAGUGAAACCAAACAAGAGCUUGCUCACUGGCUUCGCCCAAGUGAUUGUUGCGGCCUGGAAAAACAGACACUUACCCCUGCCUCCCAAGAACUCUGACAUUUGGUAUUUCCGCAAUGGUUCUAAUCUUGUUCAACCAACAAACAAAGUAAGGUUCUUGAAUAAAGCUUGCAUAAUCAAGAAUAGAGAGAAAGAUUUGGACUAUGAGGGGAGACCCAAUGAGCCAUGGAGUCUGUGUACAGUGAGACAAGUAGAGGAGUUGAAAGCCAUAAUCAAAGUCCUUCCUAUUUGGUCCACUGGCAUCAUACUUGCGACUACUGUAAGCCAACAACAAUUUUUCAUAGUCCAAGCAGGUACCAUGGACAGGAUGGUGUUCGGUAUAGAUAUCCCAGCUACUAAUUUCGCUUUAUUCAUGAUGCUAACUUUGACCAUGUGGGUGAUUGUGUAUGAUCGCAUUCUAGUUCCCAUUUUGCCUAACCAACGAAUACUCACUGUGAAGCUACGAAUGGGAAUUGGGCUAGUGAUCUCAUGUUUAGCCACUCUAGUAGCAACAUUGGUAGAGAAGAAGAGAAGAAAUCAAGCCAUAAGUGAAGGAUUUAUAGACAACCCGAAAGGAGUGGUCAACAUGUCAGCUAUGUGGUUGGUGCCCUCCUAUUGCUUAUUUGGUUUGGCACAAGGUUUUACUGUCAUUGGACAAAUAGAGUUUUUUUACUCUCAAUUUCCUAAAACAAUGUCCACUGUUGCUGUUUCCCUAUCUACCCUUAACAUUGGGGUGGGAAACUUGGUGGGAAGCCUCAUCAUCAAGGUUGUGAAAGAUGGGACAAGGAGAGGAGGAAGAGCUAGUUGGCUAGCAUCAAAUAUCAAUAGAGGACACUAUGAUUACUACUAUGGACUCCUUUUCAUUCUAAAUUUGGUUAAUUUGGUAUGUUUCUUGGUAUGGAGUAGGGCUUAUGGGAGUACUCAGGAUAUAAAAGAUUGGGAUGAAGAUGUUGACAAAAUUUUGACAUCAGAGAAAGAGACCAACACACAAUAAAAAGGAGGAAAACAAAGCAAAAGAAAUAAAUGUAUUCUCUUGUAUUAGUGGAAAAAAGAUAUUUUGUGGCUGUAUUUUCUUAUUUCUUAUUAAAAUAAGAAUGUAAAACCAUGUGAAAUUAUCCUCUUUUAUAAUUGUUAUAGAUAUAGUAUCGAUAAUCAUGCAACACAUGGAAUAAUGUGUCAA